AUGACGGCGAUGAAGCAUUUGUCGGUGGCGGAUUAUGCGGUGUUUUUCGGGUCGCUGGUUGCUGCGUUGGCAAUCGGGAUUUGGCAAGCAGUCAAGUACCGCCAUGAAUCGCAGAAGGACAUGCUGGUCAUUUCUUCAGGGAUGCAUUUGGUGCCCAUCACUUUGUCUCUCAUGGCCACUUACCAAUCUGCAAUAUUGAUCCUAGGUACUCCAGCAGAGAUUUAUGCUAACGGUUCAGAAUGGAUAACAGCAAUCCUUGGCUGCAUCAUUGGCAUCCCAUUGGCAAGCGUGGUAUUUGUGCCAAUUUUCUACAAGCUGAAACUCACAAGUGUCAACGAGUAUUUUGAGUUUAGGUUCAGGAGCAAAGCAGUGAGGAUACUUGGAAGUUUUCUGUUUUUGGCACAAAACCUGCUCUAUAUGGGUGUUGCCCUGUGGGCACCUGUUAUUGCCAUUUCCUCUGUGACUUCCAUGCCUGAAUGGGUUGCCAUCUUGACUGCUGGAGGCAUUUGCACCAUCUACACAGCAGUGGGUGGACUCCGAGCUGUUGUGUGGACAGAUGCUUUCCAGGUGGUGGUCAUGUUUCUUGGACUUCUGGUCAUUAUAGUUUAUGGGACAAUCCAAGUUGGAGGAGCUGGAGAAGUCUGGAGAAUAGCUUCAGAGAAUGACAGAGCAAACCUCUUCAACAUUUCCUUUGAUCCAUAUGAGAGACAUUCAUUCUUGUGGAUACUUUUGAACACAGGAAUUGCCUGGAUGCUGAUCCAUGGAGCCAAUCAGUCGUCAGUACAAAGAUACAGCUCCUGCAAAACACUCAACCAAGCCAUAAUAACCCUGAUGCUGAAUGUUCCUGGAGUGAUUAUUCUUGUGCUCAUGGCAUGUAUAGCAGGACUGGUCUUGUUUGCCAAUUAUGUGCACUGUGAUCCUCUGAAAUCUGGAAUCAUCAAAAGCAAAGACCAGAUUAUUCCCUUUUUUGUUGUGGAUCAACUGGGGGACCUGAGUGGAUUGCCUGGGAUUUUCAUGGCUUGCUUGUUCUCCGGAGCAUUGAGGUUGUGGGGUCGAGAGAGUGCGUGGAGAAGCCCGAGCGUAGCAUCCUCGCUCGGGCUCCACAUAUGA